AUGAAGACAUUCAACCUCAACUCGGAAGAAAACUCGAAGCUCGUCGCAUCCGACAGUCUCAAGUACACCCUCUCCUACUUCCCCCUCCAUUUCGCAGGAACCAACGCCCGUGCCAUCCUCGCCUACGCUGGCGCCGCCUGGACCCCCCUCUACGUCAACUGGGGAGUGGACAAGCCCAAUAUGCCCUUUGAGGUCCUCCCUCUCCUGACCAUCAUCCACCCCGACGGCAAGGAACUGAUACUCGCCGAAAACAACGCCAUCGACAUCUUCCUCGCAAAGCAAUUCGGCCUCCACGGUCGCAACGCCUGGGAAGAAGCCCUCAUCAACGCCUUCUACUCCUCCUCAAACAGCAUGUUCUUCCAAGAGAUCAUGAACUCGUUCUUUUGGGAGUCCUGCGGGAAAUCUGAGGAGGAAAAGUCAAAGUAUUUGGACGAUUUCUUGAACAAGACGUUGGCGAGUUGGGGACGGAUCCAUGAGGCUCAUUUGGUGAAUAAUCAGUCGAAUGGGCAUUAUGUCGGUGACAGGACAACGCUGGCAGAUAUCCGAACCACGACCAUGCUUGACGCGCUCGAGAAGAUCAUCGGCCCCGACCGCGUCGCAACCAUCAUCAACACCAACAAGACUCCCAACAUUCUCAAACUCCGCGCCAACAUCGAAUCCAACCCAACCUACAAGGCCUGGGUCUCUUCGGACGAGUACAAGAAGUUGUCCGUUAACUCUACCGGGUUUGUCAAGGAUCAUUAUCCGGAGCUUCUUCCUUCUUCUUGA